GUGUGUGUGUGUGUGUGUGCCCGCGUCUGCUGCUUUUGGGGAAGGGGGAGAAAAAACAACAACAACAACACGAAGCAGGCAGGUGUCGCGGAAGUUUGCGCUUGGCAGAGGCGCGUCCCCUUCGCGUCCUUUUAUUUAUUCAUUUAUUUCCCCGGCGUUCUCUGGGGGGGGGGACAAAAACGUGGCAGAGGCUGUAACUGGCGGUCAUCCGGCACCAGCUGAUCUCGUGGUUGUCCCAGCCUUGGCCCUCAGAGCAGCAGUGCCCGCGCCUCUCUUCCUCCUCCUCCUCCUCCUCCUCCUCCUCCUCCUCCUCCUACUGUCCUGGAACAGCCGCAGCAGCUCAGCGUGGCGAGGCCAGGAACGAUGGGCCGGAAACUGGACCUGUCGGGCCUGACGGAUGACGAGGCGGAGCACGUCUUGAAAGUGGUCCAACGGGACAUGAAGCUGCGAAAGAAGGAGGAGGAGAGGCUCAGCGAGAUGAAGCAGGAGCUGGCGGAGGAAGGCAGCAGAUGCUCCAUCCUCUCCAAGCAGCAGCGCUUCAACCAGAACUGCUGCAUCCGCUGCUGCACGCCCUUCACCUUCCUGCUCAACCCCAAGCGCCUGUGUCUGGACUGCCAGUACAACGUCUGCAAGACCUGCUGCACCUACAGCAAGAGGGACAAAGCCUGGCUCUGCUCUGCAUGCCAGAAGGGCAGGGUUCUGAGAACACAGUCCCUGGAAUGGUACUACAACAAUGUGAAGAGUCGGUUCAAGAGGUUUGGCAGCGCCAAGGUUUUGAAGACUCUGUAUAGAAAGCACAUUAUCGAGAGAGGGGCGCUCUCUGAUCUACCAGAAAGCAGCGUUCACGAGGGCAGCAAUGACAACGAUGGCAGCAUCUGUGGCAGUGACUCCGCCUUCUACAAACAGAGUGAAGGACACAGUAUGGCCGAGACCCUCACAGUCGCCCUGCGUGUUGCUGAGGAGGCGAUAGAAGAGGCCAUCGCUAAGGCAGAGGAGUUCAGUGACAGCUUGGAGAAGCAGAAUGAGGCUCGGUAUCUGCAGGACCACAAAGAGGAGCUCAUAGAGGAACUUGCAACAACCAUUGUACAAAAAAUCAUCCAGAGGAGGAAGCAUUCAGAGAUGCAGACAGAGUACGACUUUGUCUGGCCUCAGCCUCAGUCCCUGAUCCAGCCCGGUGAACCGCCCUCUCCAUCUCAACCUCACACGUCUGCACAAGGACCACAGGACCCCCUCAAAACCUCCUACUCCCUCUGGCGGUCACGCUCAGCAUUUUCCCUCACCAGUGACGACUCCCCAGAGAAGGGUCCGGAGGAGGAGGGCGCCGGAGCAGCUGGUGACCUGCAGGAGUACGCGUCUCUGAAGCGGGAGGCCAAGGCUACGUCUCUACCGAGCUGGAAGAGUGUCGAUCGCCUGGACAACUCCAGUGCAUCUUCGGUGCUCCAGAGCCCAGACGGCAACUGGAUCGCUCUGCACAGCUCCCAGUUGUCUCGGCCCAGCCUGCUGACCAAGAGGAAGAGCCUGGUGUUCAGUGUGCUGGAGAAGGAGUCCGGAGUUGUCUCGGCCUACGACGAGAUGGGAUCAGACUCCGAGGAGGACAACGAAGGUGGCUGGGGAGCGGCGUUGAGACAGUUCCGACGCAAACUGUCUGACGAGACCUACUACACGGACUCGCAGCACGACCCGGAGUGGACGUACACCCAGCACCUUCCCAUCACCUCGCCAUCGUCUGGCCAGUACACCAACACGGAGACGCUCAACUCGGACUCGGAGGCUUCGUCUGUGCUGUCCGCGUGUCCGCGCAAACCGCCCCAUAACCUGUUGAGGAAGAAAGGACCACCAGACACACACCUUCAUCCUCAUCACCAGCCCAUAUACCACCAACACCUUCAGCAAAACUUUUCUCCGUAUCCCGUGCACUCAGAGACGCUGGAUGUGAACUUUAACCCCAAGGUGACGGGAGACAGCAGCGAGGCCGAGGAGAGGCAGAGCGACCCUGUCAGAAGGUCACGGAGACGCCGGAAGAGCAAGAGGGAGUCGUCGACGGAGCAAAGCAAGACCGGUGCACAGAGCCACGCACAGUCCAUCUACCCCUUGGCACAGGAAAACAGUGGUUUCUUGCUCAAUGCGCUUCUGAAGAGGGGUUUAAGUGAGGAACAGCCAUUACCGGACCAGCUGCCAGUGGCCACAUCUGCGCCGGACACCUUCAGAUUAGAUGCUAUGACACCAGAGCCAGAAGACUUGGACACCGUGGCCCCAAAUUCAGCGGCCCUGAGCCUCCCGCAGCCCUACUCUCUGGCUCCGGGGUCCCAUCAAUCGACCGGCGGGUCAGGAACCGGAGACCCUCUGGAUGAGGAGCUGCGAUCCAGACUCAGUCAGCUGGUAAAACGUGCCAACAGCAAAGACGACAGCUCAUCUGAAGAGGAGGGUGCAAAGUGCCCCGCGGAGAGAAAGACCUGCAAAGAAAGUGACAGGCCGAGAGAGAAGACGAGGCCGAAAGACACGGAAAGACAGAGGGCCGGAGACAGAUUACAAGAGAAACCAAGCGACGCAGUGGAGCAGGUGAAUGGACGAGAGGAGAAAAGAAGCGAGAGGCUAAUAAAGAGUCCGUCGAUGAGGGAGGAAGGCAGAGUCAGGGAGAAGAGGCUAGAGAAAGGAGUGGAGAGUUUGGAAGAGAAAGUAGACGACCAGGAGCAAACGAAAGGAGAUAAGAGAGAGACAAACAGACUGAGUAAGAGACAACAUAAGAGGGAUGUGGAGAAGGAAACCGGACAGAAAGGAGGAGGAGGAGGAAGCAGGAGCGGCUCAAGUUCACCUGCUAUUACACCUUCAUCCCAGGAGGGGGCGCUGUCGGACAACCAGGAGGGACAGAAUGACUUGGAGCAACAGCAGAGGCUUCAGUUGCUCUCCUCUCUCUUGCAGCAGAAGUACUCGGCGGCCUCGCUCUGCAGCAUCACCACCGAGGUGCUGAAGGUGCUCAACGCCACAGAGGAGCUGAUUGGCGAGGCGGGGCGCGAGAGCUUCACGCCGUCCGAGUCCAUGAGCGCUUCUCCGAUCUCCAGCAGCUCCGAGACCCGCCGGCUGGACCAGACGCUGACCAAGAUGGAGGAGAAUGUGUACCUCGCUGCUGGUGCUGUGUAUGGCCUUGAGGGGGCGCUGGGGGACCUGGAGCAGUGUGCCCGCAGCAUUAGCAGUGGUACCACGGACACAGAGCUGGCUUUCCUGGAAGACCAGGUCGCCACUGCAGCCGCUCAGGUCCAGCAUUCUGAAAUACAGAUAUCAAACAUUGAGUCCAGGAUAUCCGCUCUGAAAACAGCUGGGUUGAACGUGGCCGUCUGUAAUCGCUUCUCCAAGUACAAGCCCAAGGAUAAGCCUCAAACUCUUGAUUCAUCACGCCAUCAAAGACGGAAGCUUCCAGCACCUCCUCUGAAAGAAGUGUCGGAGCCCGAGCAGCAGUUGAAAGUGUUUCGUCCACAGUGACAGUGAGCAGCACCACAAGUCCCUCAGGGGGCCACUUCAGAGCCCCAGGGACAGGGGCCCUUCUCAUCCAGUGCCUUGACCCAGCGUCCGCCUCCGGCUCCAAAGCCAAGCAGGGACCAACACCUGCCCUGUGAGACCCACCGAGCACGCAGCCCUAAGACAGGCACUGCAACACGUCAAGGAAAGGCCUCCCAGAAGACGUGACUGCCGUUCUUCUCUUUUGCCACUUUUCCAUUUUUUCUCAUCGUCGCCACGGACAUAAAAACGUCGUUAAGCAAUGUUGACUCGACAGUCGGUAUCUCUGCCUUAAAAUCUGCAAACACUCCCCGUGAUCCAAGUCCCAAAAAAACCAACAUCUGUUUGGGCAAAGAAAAAAAUAAUUUCCUCCUUCUGUCUGUUUGCAGAGUUUUGUGAUUUGGUGUACAAUGAAGAUGAGGCGAAAUCAUGUGAGUCUUUCUGCGAGUCAGCGUCCAACAAAGAGGCGGGGACGUGUAAAAACGUGCCCCUUAAGUGUUUUUUUGGGGGAUGCUUGUCAGUUUACACACAUUCAAAGAGACACACACAGAUGUUAUUCCUAAUCAUUGUAACACCUCGGCCAUUUUGAACCAAUUUUAAAAAAUCCACCUGCCAGAAAAAUAGUGUUUAAAUGUAAAAUGUGUGACGGCCAAAAUGUCUUGUGGCAAUAAAUGAACACAGAGCACACAUGAGAAACAUGUCGCUCCUAGUGGAAAAGGCUUAAAAACAAACCCGGUUUAAAGAAAAGUGCAACUCCUUUUUGAAAUGUGCUUAUAUCUUGCUGAGGGGUUAGAUAAGAAGAUCGAUACCACUCAUGUUUUGUUUUUAACUCGGCUACAUUUAAUGAGAUUCUGGCAUCUUAUUUAGCGUACAUGACACGAGAGAUGUAUUUUCAUGUAACUAACAUCAAGAAAGCGAAUUAACGUAUUUUCCCCAAAAUGCCAACUCUAAUAAUGUUUUCUGGUUCUGAAAGCAUUUUAAUUACUGAUAUUUUUAAGAGCCUGUCCUGGAUGCAGUAUUCUUCAACCCAAAGUCAUUUUCUCCCUCUCUCGUCACUUUCUUUGUUUACUCUCAAACGCCGUGGCCUUUUGUCUGAACAAAAGGGUUUCUUCAUGUUUUCCUUUUGCUGGGUUAUGUCCCGCAACUCUUGCGUUGCACUCGGAGAAUCCUGUAAAGAUUUUUACAUACACGUGGUCCGAUGGGCUACUUGACAAAUGCCAUGAAACCAUGAUUUUGUUACAAACAAUUUAUUUUUCUACUUACUGAACAUUUUUAUGCAAUACCACUGGGGGGGAAAAAAAAGAAGAAAUAUUGCAAAUUAAAAAGGCUUUAUUCUCUCCUCGGAGGAGCCCCUCCUCAGUCAGUCCUCUCGCGUGCGGCGACUCCAAGUGCUUUCAGUGUCUGUCUGCGUUUACCAUUUGAUAUUCUGCCAGUAAUGACGAUGGUAAAUGCUGCGAAAACGCGGUUGGCAACAGGCAUUUAAGGAGCGGCUGGUACAGUUCCCACUGUUUGUACCUCCUAACAUUAGGUUCGAGAAUACUGCCUUACAUUUUUUGGGGGUUCUUUUACUUUUACUCUGUGAUCACUUACAUUAGUUAGACUAUCAGUUGUCCAUGCACACAGCUGUCAAAGUUUUUUUUUUGCUUUGGCUGCAGCUUAAGAGCGCGGUGGGGUUGCCUGCGGGGACUGCUUGAACCGAAAGGUGUGAUGAUCUCCCGUGUGAGUGCAUUGUCCUUUCUACCAGUGACCAUCCUUUCACAUCUCUUUUGCACAUUGAUCCUGUACUUUUGUCAACCUCGUUCUCCGGAGGUGUCGCUGUAUAAAGUAAAAGCAUGUUUCUGGUUUUAUCAAAUGGAUGUAAAAAAAAAAAUGAUUCCCCAUGAGAAGCACAGCCACAAGGGUCCAAUCAUCAGUGUCCUGUAUUUUUCUAAUGUAAAAAAAAAAGAAGGUAUAUCAUCACAGAAUUUGUUAAUAUAUGUAUAUGUGUGAAAAAGACGGAUAUGAUAUAGACUAAUGUGUGUAUUGCCCAAUCAUAGUUGACCAAUCUUUUGGUGUCGUGUGCAAGAGACUGCGUGUAAACGUCAUGACCUGUGAAGCUGGAUUCACGCAGGACGUCUAAUUUUCUAACUGCCUUCCAGAUACUCGGAAAUAAUGAGAUUCACUACAAUAUUACUUUUGUUCCUGUUUGAAUCCAGUGUGAAUGACCUUGAAGAGGUUCGAUGUGCACAGCUCCACUUUUAUGUGCAAUCGUUUGUUGCAAUCCAUACGACAUGUCGGGGAAAAUAUUAAUGUGCAAAAAAUACAGAUUCUCUAUGUGCCAGAGUACUCUGAGGAAAGCAAAUGUAUUAUGAAAUGAAUAAAAUUUGCAAACAUUAA